GCUUAGAGCUCAAAGUCCAUGCAGGUGUUUUCAGAUCCUCGCGCUUACCUCGCGCACAAUUGAAUGCGGGCCGGAGGAUGACUGUCCUACUUGUGGGCUGCGCGAGGACUCAGACAGAUGAAAACAACAUUGUGUGCCACUGACUAAAAUGCCCAAAAGCGAUACCUGGCCUGGCGGCACUGAAUCAGCAACAAUGAAUGGCAUGGAAAGUGCUGGUAGCUGCGACAGCGUUGUCAGCGCAAACUCUGGCUUUAGUGAAGAUAGUCUAGAGCAUCUUUCUGCAGAAGAGAAGGCCUGUUUAAUGUUUUUGGAGGAGACUAUUGAGUCUUUGGAUAAUGAAGACGAUAGUGGACUCUCUCAUGAUGAACCUGAACAACUUCCCGCCUCUGGAAACAUUUCAGCCAAACUGGCUGACCUGUCUCUUUCUCUGGCCAAAAGCAAUGUCAACAGCUCACAUAAACCAAGUAACCAACCCAUCAAGAAAAAUGUUGACACCAAACACAUGCAGAGCUACCUUGUUCCAACACCUCUUGUUGUGGCGAGCGGUUCUCAGUGUUCUGUUCCCAGUACCAAAUCACUCACUCCUGUAGACAAAUCAGCAUCUCCUAAGUCUCAGUUCAGAUCCAAGCACAACAAACCAGCCCCCAGUCACAACGAGAAACGUACUGCUCCCCCAGUACCUUCAGAGGUUAAUGUGAUACCGUCUUCCACAAAACCCAGAGAAAACUCAGCCAAGCCAACUGAAGGCCCUUUAACAAGAGGACCUCUAUCUUAUGAUGCACUAGUUCAUUUGCGGAGAAAUGCCUCCCAGAGGAAGACACCUUUAUGUCCAACAGUUGAUCACACUAUAGACUUGGACAGACAGUGUCCAACACCACUGGAAGGUUCAAAAUUGGGAAAUGUCACAAAACCUGAUAAAUCCCUCUCAGACAUGAACAAGCCCAAGGCAUUACCUCCUGUUGUGCCCCCAAAACCUAAAAAAAUACCUGCCAACAUAUAUCCAAAAAUUCAAAAUGAAUCCAUGACAGCAGAACUUUCAGAAAGUGUCAAACAAGCAACAAAUCCUGAGGUAGUGAGACUGGAAGCUUUGCAGAAGCUCGGCCUCCUGAAAGGACACAAGCAUGAGGAUGGAGCAAAACCUCUCUCUAAAAAACCUGCAAGAGAUCCAUCAGACCCAACAAGAAACCCAUCGUUCUGUUCCUCUCAAGAGAAAACAGAACCCAAGAACAGGCCUCUGAAGAACAGUGCUAGCGUCCAUCAGCCAUCCAAGGAAGAACAACAGCCUGUUUUAUUAUUACAUGUUCAGUCUCAAUCCAGUGGGUUGAAGACAGAAGGUUUAGAGCACUCCGCUAAACAAGACAACUACAAAAACAAGGGAAAGUACCCACAGCACAAAUUGUAUGGCAAGUCAAUGAAAACCACCACCACAUCUCAGUCUUCAUCCGACACCCCUGUAGACUCAGUGGGUUACACUGCGAUGAUGGUGCCUGGAGUGGGAUCAGAUCGAAAAGAGGCUCUCCGAAAACUUGGUCUGCUAAAGAGUUAAACCUUGCAUAUAGCUUAAGUGUGUCUAACUGAAAGGAUUUAUGAGUGUUUGAGUAUUACAUGGGAACUUUGAGCAUUCCAACUCUUUACAACGUAAGACUCAUUUGUAAAGAGAACACUUCUUUAAGUUCCAAAAAUCAUUCAAAAUAUGCCUUGCACAUUUCAAACCCAUUCUUUUCUGUAUAUUUUUCUCAAGAUAAUGUUAUCUAAAUCAAAAAUAAGUAUGUAUUGUAAUAUUCAGCUUGAUACAGCAAAAAAUGAGGCAACCAAAAACUAAAUCAGCCUAAUUGUGAAUAAGGAGCAUUGCCCUAACUGACAAUUGUUGAUUGUUCACUUUUCACAGAUGUGCCUGAAGAAGAGUUGUUGCAGCUUUUAUUUGUUUUUGGGAUUUUGUGAAGUAUGAUUUUGCAGUUGUUCAUUAAUUAACUGCAAAAUGAAUCCCAAAUACUUGAUUACCAAGCUAUGUUUUUCCGCAUGUUUGAGUUACAUCGUCUAAGAGAAAGCUGAAUUGUUCAUGUUUGAAUUGGACUGUUAAAAACCAAUAAAUAUAUGUAAAUGUUUUAAUCCUCUGUGUUUUCCACAAAUGCUUAUGAAAAUAAAAAUUUGCACAGAAUGUACCGCAUCUUGAAAGCCUUGUUUAUUGUGCUCAUUUCAGAAUUACAUGUUACAUCCAACCAGACCACAGAAACAGCAGAGCACAUUUUGAGUUUUGCAGUGCAGCUGCAGAGCUGUUAACAAGGAGACUGUUUGGCCUUGUAAUUUGAUCAACUUACAAUAACCUGCAGGCUUUUUGACCUAUUUUUCUUUUUUUUUCUGAAACUGAAGAAUUCUGUUCUGUACUUUCAUUACAGAACAUCAGCUAAACUACUCAUCUUACAGGCCACUCAGCCACUCACACAGCCUGCUCAGCUGUUCUUCUGUUAUCCGAUUAUCUUGUGGACAACCCCCAUGUGCUGCUGAAGAUAAUCUGUUUUCUCUGUUUUCCUGAUACCCCUCACAUGGAACUCUUCUGACUCAACAGCUUAUGUAUUAGCAUUGAAUAAAGUUGUAAUAGU